GGUGGCUUCGCCGUUCUUGUCAUUUUUAAAACGCCAAGACCGCGAGUCCGAUUCUCCUGCUGGUGAGCACUGCAGACAGACCUCGAUCGACGAAAGAAGGAACAAAGGUGUGUUUUGAAAUCGCAUCGUAAACGACGUCAGCGUUUCCAAAAUGGAGAUCGAAUUCAAGAAUCUGGAGAAAUCUGUCAAGAAUCUUAGCUGCAACUACGACUACGUUCCCUCCGCGAUAGAGAACAUAGAAAGUUUAGGUACGUUUGGCAUAGGUUUAUUGAGCUUUGGCGCCAUACUUUCUACGUUGACGCUGUACUUUGCUCUGGAUGCUUGCCACAAUAUUUUCUACCAAAAGGAGACAAAGCUUUACAAGACCAACAGUAUCACGAUACUCUCUGUGUAUCCUGUAGCGAGUAUCUGCAGUCUCACUGCUCUUGGAAUCCCAAGGACCCAGUUGCUAUCGGAGGCCGUGACCCAAAUCUUCCUGACGAUAUCCCUCUAUAGACUGCAUCUGUUGCUUGUCUACGUAGGUCGCAAAAAGGUCACGACUACGCCGCCAUUAGUGCUGCGAGUCGGGCCCUGUUGCUGUUGGCCCUGUCUGCCCUUUCCACGUCUCGAAAUGACCGACGCCAAUUUGUCCUGGGUCCGACUGCUAGUCCUGCAACUUCCUAUUAUCCAGGGACUGACUUAUUGCAUAUUUCUCUUCAUGUCGAUCGAGGAACCAAGUCUUAUAACGCAAUAUGGGAUUUGUCUCCAACCGUUCAUGGUGAUUAGCAUACUUCUGGGAAUAUACGGGCUGACCAUUACCUUAAAGAGUCUGCAGGAAGUCGCUCCAGAGGAGAAACUCCACCGCAAGGCCACAGUGUCCCAACUGAUGCUGCUGUUUUCCAAGCUGCAGGCGUUCAUUGUCAAGAGUCUAUCGCAUACGGGCCUGUUUCCAUGCAAUCCGCCAAUUACGCCGCAAAUUUACGCCAAUGUUACCUACAAUGCCCUGAUGCUAAUCGAGAUGCUGUUGCUCUGCUACGCGGCGAGGUACGUUUAUUACGUGGAGCUGGAAAGGGAGGAAGAGACGGCGGCUGUCGAGGCGACAGAUCGGUCCAAAGACAAGAGCACGGAACAAGCGACCUCGACGAAUAACAACGAGGCCAACAGGCAGCCAUCAGCGUUGACUGCGUGAGAUUUCCUCCUGACUUUCAGCGACUUUCUAAAUUUCGACUCUGUCAUUUUUUUCCACGAGUGGGAAGCCGUAAUUCGUAUUCGCCGGGCUACAAUGGAGCCACCGGUUCGUUAAUUUAUCACGGGUUCUACACCGCGAAAGUAUCUAAAAUAG